CUGCUGAAGAGUGAACUUGGAUCAUUCAUUACAGACUAUUUCCAGAACCAGCUUCUUGCAAAAGGACUGCUCUUUGUGGAGGAGAAGAUCAAGCUGUGUGAAGGUGAAAAUCGCAUUGAGGUUCUGGCUGAAGUCUGGGACCACUUCUUCACUGAGACUCUCCCCACCCUGCAGGCAAUAUUUUAUCCAGUUCAGGGCCAGGAGCUCACCAUUCGCCAGAUCUCCCUACUGGGCUUCCGAGACCUGGUCCUGCUGAAGGUGAAACUGGGUGACUUGCUGCUGCUGGCCCAGUCCAAGCUGCCCUCGUCUGUUGUCCAGAUGUUGCUUAUCCUGCAGAGUGUUCACGAGCCCACAGGCCCGAGUGAGGGUUAUUUGCAGCUGGAGGAGCUGGUGAAGCAAGUGGUUUCUCCUUUCCUCGGCAUCAGCGGGGACCGUGGCUUCUCAGGCCCCACGUACACGCUGGCCAGGCGGCACUCCAGGGUCCGGCCCAAGAUGACACUCCAGAACUAUGCUUCCCCGAUGACUACGGUCAGCCGGCCACUAAAUGAGAUGGCCCUGACACCGUUGACGGAGCAGGAGGGGGAGGCCUACCUGGAGAAGUGUGGCAGCAUCCGGCGGCACACAGUGGCCAAUGCCCACUCGGACAUCCACCUGCUGGCCAUGGCCACCAUGAUGCACUCGGGCUUGGGAGAGGAGGCUGGCAGUGAGGACAAAUGCCUACUCCUGCCGCCCAGCUUCUCCCCGCCCCACCGGCAGUGCUCCAGUGAGCCCAACAUCACUGACAGCCCCGAGGAACUGGAGGAGGUGGCAGGGGGCAGCCGGAGGGGCUCAGAGCUGAACUGUACAUCCCUCAGCUGAGUCUCUGCCUCGGGACUUCCCGGCCUCUGCUUUGUUACCAGGAUGAAGACAGCUCCAUCCUCAUGGACCACA